AUGUGGGUUUGGAGCUACUAUGUCUACGUGGUCCGGCUGUGUGCGCAGGCCAUCAGCACGCCGUUCUUGGCCGUCGUGUACGGGCUGCUCUACCAUGUGCUAUCGGCCAUGCUGUUGUGGAGCUAUCUGCGCGCAUUCGGUACCCCAGCCAGUGAGAUACCUCCAGAGUUUGACCUGACCGAUGAUGAACUUGAGGCCUUGGCUGAUGGUCGCGUGCCGGAGUCAUUGCGCACACGUCGCUUGCCCAUUUUGACCCACGAUGGUGUCGGACGGCUCCGAUGGUGCCGGCAGUGUCGCAUCAUCAAGCCGGAUCGCUGCAAGCACUGCUCGCUUUGCCGUCGGUGCAUUCUCAAGUUUGACCACCACGUGCGUUCCGGGGUUGGCAACUGCGUUGGGCACCACAACUACAAGUAUUUCUUCCUUUUCCUGUGCUACGCAACCGUUUUCUUGGUUUACGUGGCUGCCACAACUGCACGUUAUGCAUUGGCUAUUGCCCAGGGAACAUUGGAUGCAAGCAUCCAAAUCGGCUUUGUCUGCUUGACGGCUUCUUUGUUCACACUGAGCGUCGGUGGCCUUUUAGCCCUCCAUAUCUCCCUCUUGCGCGCCAAUCGGACCACCAUCGCUGAUACCCCUUCGUGGUGGCAUGGCAGCAUGGAGGACGGCGUGGUUCAUCCCGUAGACUUCAACGAAGAGAGUUUGUGGGUCAAUAUUUGGCAGGUGCCACAUGCAGGACGUCCAGGGCACGAAACGCCGGAGACGGAGGACUCUGACGAAGAUGCACCAACGCCGGCAGCGGGUGGCCGCCACCAAACCGUUGUGGACGUGGACGAGGGAAACAACGACCGCGCGGCGGUCGAGGAGACAAGCUGGCCCAUGCUGGAGCCCAGUCCAAAGCAAAGGCAGGAGGUAGAGGACGACGAUGACGAGGAAUAUUUGGACAAUGAUACACAGGCUGAGAGCGCCCCCAUGCUGGGACCGCAAGAUCUGCUCUGA